AUGGCAGCCACAGAUGAGUUCCUGGGGCUGGAACUAAUUAAAGCAUUACCUCUCUCAUUUCAUACAGCCAAGGAGUUACAUAAUCUUGCUGAGCUGCUGCCUUCUGUUCCAAAAUGGCAGUACCACAUCAUCUCAACAACUCAUCCAACAAAGCAACCUCUACAUUUUUACUGGCAUGAUCCGUUAGAUUGCAUUGAAUUGCUUUUUAGUAACCUGCUCUUUGCCAAUGAAAUCGAUCUCACUCCUCAACAUGUGUAUGAAACAGCAGAACAUGCAGUACAAAUUUACAGUGAAUGGAUGACAGGGGACGCAGCAUGGUCAAUGCAGUCACAACUUCCAGAUGGUACAACAUUAUUAGGCAUAAUACUUUCCUCCAAUAAGACCAACAUUACCAACAUGACUGGGGGACGUGUUGCUCACCCGCUCCUGAUCAGCCUUGCCAACAUUAAGAUGGUAACUCAAAACAAGGCAUCCUCAAAUGCUUUCCUCCUGACAGCGCUGCUUCCAAUUGCUGAAUUUCUGCAUCCAAUGAAGCGGAUGCAGAGUGUUCUUGAAGCCUGCUUAGUCCACCAAUGUCUAGAUAUUGUGCUAGAGCCGCUCAAGCAAGCUGCAUACAUCAGGUGGAUGAUAUCAGACCCACUUGGAAACCUCAGAUAUUGUUUUACCCCCUUAGCUUCAUACAUUGUCGAUACACCCAAGGCAUGCAUGUUCACAUGUGUUUUGAGGAAAGACCUUACCCAUAACUAUGGCUAUCUUUCAAGUAUUGUUUGUGAUCCUCUCAAUGUCGAAGUCUAUUUUGACACAUGCACUACCUUCUGCCUGAGUGGUGUUGCCCAACCAUUCUGUUGUGAUUGGCCACUUGCAGAGCCACAUCUGUUUUUCACUCCUGAACCCCUGCAUCACUGGCACCAUGAGUUCUAUGACCACAAUCUAAAGUGGUGUCUUGCAGCUGUUGGCUCUCAGGAACUAGACUUUUGCUUCUCCAUUUUACAACCACUCAUGACAUUCCGACACUUCAAGGAUGGUGUUUCAAAGCUUAAACAAGUCACUAGAAGAGUCCAGCAUGACAUGCAAUGUUAUAUUGUUGCUCUCAUCACAGAUGCAGCCCCCCAUGGCGUUGUCAUAGCUGUUCGCACGCUGAUGGACUUUCACUACUUAUCGCAAGCAACAACAAUCAAUGAAACACACUGUCAAAAGAUUCUUGAUUCCCUCAAGGAAUUUCAUAAACACAAGCAAGAUAUCAUUGCCUGCAGCGCGCGUCAAGGUGCCCAGAGCAAACAGGUCCUCAACAACUGGUAUAUACCUAAGCUGGAGUUGAUGCAAAAGCAUGCCCAUAUCACCCUAAUCAAGGAUCCUGCAGAUUCCUCCAACAACAUCAAUUAUGAUACUCAAAUAUGCUGGUUUCUUGAUCGCCGAGAAAAGUGUCAAAACUUUCAGAUCACAACAUCAAUAAUUGCUCAGUCACAACCACAGUCACAAGCUUCUGCUUCUCGAAUGAUAGAUGUUGAUUCAGAACAUUAUGACUUGAAUGAAGAUCUGGACGUUGAUGAAGUACAUUUGCAGGCAGUUUGGGAUAAUCUCUGUGGGCUGAAUUGUGUAGUGACCAAUUUCUUCAGGAAGGCAGAGCAAGCCUCUUCAAAUAUCAAACUAGCCAGACCCCUCCACACAUUUGUGGUUAGUGCGACAGCAAUUCACUUAAAUUUUGAUCCUUCCAUACAACACAUACCAGUCAAUGUCGUCUUUGAAAAAUUCUCUCUACCUGACUUGCGGGAGCGCUUGCCAACUAUAUUCAACAAGAGGGUACUACAGCUCAGAAAUUCCACUUGCUGGGGGGACAACGCCGAGCACCGCCCAAUGCACCUCUUCCAUUUGAUGACCUUAUGGUCUGGUUCAAAUCAACGUGUCUCCUCCAAGCGCAACUUGGAACCUGCAAGUGGGCUCAAAGGCCAUGCUGUUGUAGAGGUGCACCUUAUCAUGCAACCACUUCCUUCAUGA